AUCCUGUUCCUCUACUUCCGGUUUCUACACUGUGCAACUAUUUCAGUUAUAUUUUUGAUUAACGAUGCCAAGUACUUGUUGUUGUGUACCUGGAUGUCAUUUAAGAGGAGGACAUGCAUUUCCAAAUGACUUAAAAAGAAGGAAAAGUUGGAUCAACGCCAUGGCCAAUACGCAGAUUGGACGAGAACACGAUGAUAUCGUGGAGUCCAUCUCAAUCAGCUGUUGUUUGCAAGGCACGUUUUACUGAAAAAGACUACGUGCAGGAAACUAUUCAUGGGCGCAAACCCACCAUACAGAGACUUAAGUCUACUGCAAUUCCCAGCCUAUUUUCCUGGACCAAGCAAGAGACUGAAUCGUCUGCAAAAAGAAAAAUCAGGGCAGUUUCCUGUGAAAACAAAAGAACUAAACUUGAUGAAUAUUGUAGUAGAAAUCUAGAGGAAAGUUUUGAUUGUAAAGUUGGUUUUCCUGAAGAAGUCAUUCAUACUGCAGAAAGGAUUUAUGACUGUCCACCACCAACUGCCGAGCUAAUGUUGAGCUUCACAGAUGGAAUUACGCAAACACCAUCAAUGCCUAUGUUUUCAGCAGAGAAUUUUGAAAUGAAGACACGUGACACAGCCAUGCAUUUUUAUACCGGUUUAGAGUUGUAUACUAAAUUUUUAUUUGUUUUGACCACACUUGGUCCAGCAGCACAUUGUUUGAGAUACAUAUAUUUUCAAAUUGAUAGGGUGUCAGUUGAAAAUCAGUUUUUUUAUGACUUUGAUGAAAUUGAGGCAUCAUACAACCAACUUUGAACUGUCUAGAUUCUAGAUUGAAUCUAGUGUUAAGAAUAUUGUGUAUACAUGGAUUGUUUUUAUGUCUAAACAGUGGUGUGAGGCUAACACUUGGCCAUCUAGUGGUUUAGUCAGGUAUUUUUCACCAUCCAACUUCAAAUUAAAGUUUCCUACGACUUGGAUUAUUAUUGACAGCACAGAAUAUCCCGUGAUAAAACCUAAAGCUCCUAGAGCUCAGGCAACCUUUUCAUCAAAUAAAAACAGAAACACUGAAAAUUCUUGAAUGUUCGACACCUGGUGGUUUAGUCAACUAUGUCUCUAUGUCACAUAGAGCGAAUUAUUGGACUUGGCAAAACAUACAAAAUUCUAAUAAAUCCUAUGAAUGGAACUGAAACAAAACUUUCAUCUGAAAUAACAUUUAGUUGUUUUAUGUUGUGUAAUUUUAGAACUUGUAUUGUGCCAAAGGAUGCAUAAAUAAAAGUGACGC